UUUUUAAUGCACUUGUAAGCAACUGAUAACAACUUCAAAUGCAAGUAGUGAAUUUUGACAUUUUCUUUUUAAAUAUUCGGGGCCACGCAGCUAGGCGUUUGCCAUUUUUUUAUUUAAAUAAAUUAAUAAUUUUACAGGAUGGCUAGCCGAAGGGACAACGAGGAGACUGACAAGCAGACACGUAUUGCCAUCGUGAGUGAUGACAAGUGCAAGCCCAAACGUUGUCGUCAAGAAUGCAAAAAGUCCUGUCCUGUGGUGCGUAUGGGUAAAUUGUGUAUUGAAGUCGCACCUACUUCGAAAAUUGCAGCUUUAUCUGAGGAACUUUGUAUAGGUUGCGGUAUCUGUGUCAAGAAAUGCCCCUUUGAAGCCAUUACCAUUAUUAAUGUUCCUAGCAAUUUAGAAAAGUGUACCACCCAUCGGUACGGAAAGAAUUCGUUCAAAUUACAUCGUCUGCCUAUACCACGUCCUGGAGAAGUACUAGGUUUGGUAGGACAGAAUGGUAUUGGAAAGUCAACAGCUCUAAAAAUUUUAGCUGGCAAACAAAAACCAAACUUGGGGCGUUAUAUUGACCCACCAGAUUGGACUGAAAUUUUGGCUUAUUUCCGCGGAUCAGAAUUGCAAAAUUACUUUACGAAAAUCCUUGAAGAUAAUCUUAGAGCUUUGGUAAAACCGCAAUAUGUCGAUCAGAUUCCAAAAGCUGUACGUGGUGCUGUUUCCGAUUUGCUAGAUAAAAAGAAUGAGCGUGAUUGUCAAACUGAAAUUUGCAAAAUGUUAGAUCUUACACACAUUCGCGAUCGCAAUGUUGGUGAAUUGUCUGGUGGAGAAUUGCAGCGUUUUGCCAUUGCUAUGGUAUGCAUUCAAAAUGGUGACAUUUUUAUGUUUGACGAGCCUUCGUCAUAUUUGGAUGUCAAACAACGUUUAAAUGCUGCUUUAACGAUACGAAGUUUGUUGCAUCCCACUAAAUUCAUUAUUGUUGUUGAGCACGAUUUGUCUGUUUUGGAUUAUUUGUCCGAUUUCAUUUGUUGCUUGUAUGGUGUUCCUGGAUGUUAUGGUGUCGUUACUAUGCCUUUCUCUGUGCGCGAAGGUAUAAACAUUUUCUUGGAUGGUUUUGUUCCUACCGAAAACAUGCGUUUCCGCACCGAAUCCUUAACCUUUAAGGUAUCUGAGUCCGCUACAGAAGAAGAAGUCAAGCGUAUGAACCAUUAUGUGUAUCCUGCCAUGGAAAAAACUUUGGGUAAAUUCUCGUUGACUGUUCAACAAGGGCAUUUCAGCGAUUCUGAAAUUUUGGUAUUGCUUGGUGAAAACGGCACUGGAAAAACAACUUUCAUUCGAAUGCUGGCCGGUAAUUUACAGCCUGAUAGCAACGUUGAUUUGCCUGUAUUGAAUAUUUCCUACAAGCCUCAAAAAAUAUCACCCAAGUAUCAAAAUCAUGUACGCCAUUUAUUGCACGAUAAGAUACGUGACGCUUAUGUCCAUCCUCAAUUCAUUGCCGAUGUCAUGAAGCCUAUGAAAAUGGAAGAAAUCAUGGACCAAGAGGUGCAAAACUUGUCUGGUGGUGAAUUGCAGCGUGUUGCUUUAGUUUUGUGUUUGGGUAAGCCCGCCGAUGUGUACCUUAUCGAUGAACCUUCAGCCUAUUUGGAUUCAGAACAACGUCUGGUAGCUGCAAAGGUUAUUAAGCGUUAUAUUCUGCACGCCAAACGUACCGGUUUUAUAGUAGAGCACGAUUUUAUUAUGGCCACGUACUUGGCUGACCGUGUCAUUGUAUUGGAAGGUCAGCCCUCAGUGAAGACAACAGCCUAUUCCCCACAAUCUCUGUUGAAUGGCAUGAAUCGUUUCUUGGAGCUUUUGGGUAUUACCUUCCGUCGUGAUCCCAAUAACUUUAGACCACGCAUCAACAAGAAUAAUUCCGUAAAGGAUACUGAGCAAAAACGUUCCGGUCAAUUCUUCUUUUUAGAAGAUGAAGGCAGAUAAACAUUCUGAUCUUUUACAAAUCCAAUAUGAAGACAGUUUAUUAAUAAAACCCCCUUAAAACAAUAUUUUUUAAUAAUUUAAUUCAACAAACAACAUCCUACAAAUUUUUUUAACAUCAUUUUUUCGACAUUGUAUUUAACUGCAGUUUUUUUUGAACAUUAUGUAUGUAUUUUUUAGUUAACUUAAUUUAGUAUUCAUACUUGUUUUCUUUAAUACAUACUUUUUCAAUAGCAAGACAAAAAUAUUACAAAAUACAAUUUAGUUAAAUAAAACGUAACAAAAACCAAUAAAUAUAUAGUUGUGCAAAAAAAUAAAAAUACAGAAAAUGUACGCAUAACGACAAACCAAAA